CUGAUAGUUUGCUCUUCCUUUGCUCAGUUGAAGAAAUCAUGUUUGCGCACAGAGGAAUGAUCAUAUAGGAGCGAGAGGGAGAAAACCCAUCCUGGCACAGGGAGAACAUGCCAACUCCACACAGGAAGACCACGCUGAUUCAACUCAUAAACAGUUUGUGGACCAAUUGGUCCAAUAUCAGCAUGCAAUGUUAGCACGGUGCAAAAAGGGAAAUGCUGUCUAUUCCUGUAUUCCUUCUCUUCUACAGCAUACUGUACAUGAAUGUGGAAGUGACAAUGAAACAAAACAAAGUGUGCUGUUGGCCUAGCAAUCUCAAUGGAUCUCGCACGGACGCAAAACUUUCCAGGGGACAGGUUGAAGCUCAUCUGCCAGUUCGGGUCCGGCACGAGCCUCCCCAACAGGGACCGUACAGAAGGUGAGCGGGUGUCCGUGAUCCUUCCCGCUCGGUGCACCGUCCACCGGUUGAGGAUGUACGUCUCCGUGCAGGUGCAGAACCGCCAUCCAGAUCCAUCUGCGAUACUGGAUCCCGAAAGGUACAUUGUGCUUUAUUCCAAGGGAGAAGACUGGUAUGAGGCCUAUGACAACUCUCAGAUUCUCAGGACACUUGAUAUGGCGUGGUGGUAUGACGACGUUGGCUUUCUGACAGCCCACGUUGUGCUGAAGGAGAUGGCGGAGGUCCAUUGUGAGUCGAAACAGAAAGUGCACCGGUUCCUGGCCUUCCUGAUUGGACACGAUCUGGAGAAAGAGGUGGCAGACAAACAUUGCGAGCUCGCGUACACCCGCAGGAAACUAGCGUCUUCCAGAAGCCAAGAGCUAAGGAAUCGGGAUGACACUUUGUACACCACAGAACCUUGGGUAGCAAACACCCCAGUCCCAAUUGACUUCAAGCCCUUGCUCAAUAGAAAACUCCCCGUCACCCUUCAUUACAUGAACCAGAUCAGUUUCAGUAUAGAAGUCGAUUUCAGUGCAACACCCGAUAUCCUUCUUAAAGUUUUUCAAAGGCUGAUGACGCAAGAGAAGCAUGAAAUCUCUGACACCUUGGUGUUAAAAGUCACAGGAAGGGAAGAGUUUUUGUCUGGUGAAUACCCUCUAAAAGAUUUCCACUGGGUACGACAGUGCUUGAAAGACAAUCAAGGUCUCCACUUGACUGUGAUCCCCAUCUCACAGCUUGUUAAGGAGACGGUCCACUUCGAGGACUUGCCCCUUGUUGAUGCUUUCAGUGGCUCAUUCCGUUCCCACGAAGAACUCUGCCUUGAAGGGAAGGCCGUGGAAGACAUUUUCAUGAUAUCCUUGUGGGACUGCAACAGAAAGUUGCGUGUCAAACUUCUCGGCAUUGAUAUUCCGACGUUCCCUAGCAAAUCCCCUCGAUCCGUCUAUGUGGAAGCAGCUAUAAUUUAUGGUAAUACAGUUCUCUCAUCAGUGACUUCAUCCCCCAGACUCUUCACAGAUGAAGUGCUGUGGAACGAGUGGCUGGACUUCGACCUGAUCAUUAAGGAUCUACCGCGUGGAGCCAAGCUGGGCUUCACCAUUAAUGCCAGCAGUAGCGACACGUCCUCGGGGACUGAGGACUCAACGAUGUCCCCAAAUAAAGAUUUAAAGUCGCCCGCGUCUUCAGUCUCCAAAACAGUAGACCCGCAGAAAGGGAAGGCAAAGGUGCUCUACUUUGUCAAUCUUCUCCUGAUUAAUUACAGGUCGGUCCUCAGUCAGGGAUACUUCGCAUUGCAUAUGUGGUUCCACCAUGACCAGGAGGAUGAGGUCAUCACUUGCCAAGCUGAUAGACUUUCCUGUGCUACUAAUCCAGAUAUAUCCAAUUCCAUGGCUAUCACCUUCCUUCUUGACCAUUACACCUUCCCCGUGGUUCUGCCAAGGAGCUUCAGCUCCACAGAAAAUUCUGAUAGUUCCAACACUGGCAUCUCCCAAAUCAAAUCUUCUCCUACCUCUGUACCCAACACUGACCGCUACAAACAGGUCCAAGACAAAGGGGAUGAGCCUGAGACCUCAGUAGCUGUACCUGAGGGCAUCUGUCCAAACAAGGCUCCCCUAAAUAGAGUCCGGGAAAAAAGUGUUUGCUGCGGUCCUGACCUACCGCAGUUCCUUCGUACUGUGGAUUGGACGAACAGCAGAGUUGUUGAAGAUAUCCACUGGUCGGUGGCAAGCUGGGACCUGACAGAGCUGGACGUGACCGUGGCCCUGGAGUUGUUGAGCAUGGACUUUGCUGACGAGAUGGUCAGGAGAUUAGCGGUGCAGAGACUCGAGAGCCUCUCCAACGAUGACGUUCUGAAGUAUUUACUCCAGUUGGUGCAGACCAUCAAAGUGGAACCUUACAAUGACAGUUUCCUCGCUCGGUACCUCAUCCAGAGAGCCCUGAGGAGCAAGCGGAUCGGCCACUUCUUCUUCUGGUACGUGCGCGGCGAGGUAACAGCCAGCCCAUAUUUCCGGCAGCGUAUGGCGGUAGUUCUGGAGGCCUACUUGCUGGGCUGCGGUCAGGCCAUGCUGGACGGCUUCGUUCAACAGGUGCAGGCUGCGGACGCUCUUCGGGAGGUCGCGGUCACGAUUAAGAAGGUCUACUCUGACAAAAGGGACCUCGCUCCAUCAGCUUCACUAAGGCUUCAGGAAAUUCUUAAGGACUGCCCGCUGCCCAAUGAAUUCCUGCUGCCUUUGGACCCCCGUGUCAAAGUAGGACAGAUUCUGCUGGAGAAAUGCAAGGUGAUGGCCUCAAAGAAGAAACCUCUGUGGUUGGAGUUCUCGCCCAUGGCGUCCCCCGCCUCUGCUUCACCUGUUGGUAUCAUCUUCAAACAGGGAGAUGACCUCAGACAGGACAUGCUGGUGAUUCAGACUUUGGCGGUGAUGGACUCCAUCUGGCAAGAGCAAUCUCUGCACCUAAACCUCGUCCCAUACGGCUGUAUCUCCACAGGACACAACAUAGGCAUGAUCGAGAUUGUUCGGGACGCAGCGACCAUCGCUGCAGUCCAAAGGAGCCGCGGAGGAACACGUGGACUCUUCAGAAAUGACGCACUCUUUGAUUGGCUCAAAUCCAAGUGCUCUCUUCAGGAAAUUCACUUCAGGACCGUGGAGCGCUUUGUAAAGUCCUGCGCCGGCUAUUGCGCGGCCACUUAUGUGCUCGGCGUCGGGGAUCGUCACAAUGACAACAUUAUGAUCACAGAUGGAGGCAAUUUGUUCCACAUCGACUUUGGCCACAUCCUGGGCAACAGGAAGCACUUCCUCGGAGUGAGCAGGGAGCGCGUGCCAUUUGUCCUGACGCCCGACUUCCUGUACGUCAUGGGAAGGGUCAAAGGUGGCGAUAGCCUCUACUUUCAAUGUUUCCGGAACGUGUGCACUCAGGCGUAUCUCGCUCUUCGCGCACACUCUCGCCUGCUGGUCACCCUCUUCUCCCUCAUGCUCCAUUCGGGCAUGCCGGAGCUGAGCGCCGCAGGGGACAUGCGCUACCUGCGGGAGGCGCUGCAAGAGGACAAGAGUGAGGCGGAGGCCGAGGCCCAUUUCCUCCAGCAGAUUGAGAAGUGUGAGCAACUGGGCUGGACCGUGCAGGCCAACUGGUGGAUCCACCGGAUGGCACACAGAUAAAAGGUGAAGCACGGGUGUCAAAACACCCAAUGACCAUUUGGGAGACUUUAACGUUCCCUAGAACUCAGCAAAAUGUCCAAACUCGGGUAUAGUUAACCUUCCCCAGUGUUAUUCACUGCUGAUCUUGUGAGUGUUAAAACAACGCAAAGAAAAUAGAGCGUUGUGUGCACUGGAGAUGUCCUGGGUUGGACUUUGUAUCUUCUCCUCAUGGGGCUUAUUUCCAGGUACUCCAUCCAUAACAUCCAUGUUCUUUCUAUUCAACCAAGAUGCUAAAAUCACAUGUCAAACCUAAGGCCCCGGGGCCAGAUCUGGCCCACUACAUGACUUUAUAUGCCCCACUAAAACAAAUAAAAGAGAGUUUACUUCA